AUGGCCAAACGAAGCGCCCGUGGGGCCCCCAAAGCCGCGGGGGGGGCCCCCUCAAAGGGCUCUGCCAUCUCCCGUGGCACAGCCUCGACUCUGCCGAAUCGCCAGCUGCCGGCGAACAAAAAACCCGGUGGGUCUCGCGGCCUUUUGAACUUGAAAUCUGAAAAUUCCAGUUUUUUUGGAAAGUUCAACUUUGACUUGCAUGCGCUUGCAUGCGUUUUGGCGUGGAAAGUUCAAGUUUGA